CCCAACCUCCAAUAACAUUAGGUCAUACCAAAUACAGUGUAAUAAAUUCAAAACUUUGACUAUUUGGCUUUUUUUAAAUGCAUGGCACCACUCCACCUCCAUUCUUCCUUGAACGUAAAGUAACCUUUUGACUCUCUUCUUUAAUUCCCUCAUUUUCAUACAUUUGUUUUUUCACAAAUCCAAUACUCAAACCCCAUACAUUAUGCCAAAUAUGUGAUUAGUUUUGAUCCGAUCCAUAUCAUAAUUUGAAAAGUAAAUUAAAUUAUUAUGUGGUACUUUAUUCUUCCGACUUAUAUAAAACUCCGCUCAAGCUGUAAUUUCUUGGAGAUUAACAAAAAAACAAACACCUUUUUUAAUCAUAAAAUCUCAUAUCUUUUUCUCUAUCCAUUUCUCUUAUUUCUCUCUCUUUCUCUCUGUCUCCAUGACCUCUCCUGCUUCUUCAUCUUCAUCAAACUUUUCUCUACAAGGUCAUGAAGAAACAACCUAAGCCGUGUAGUUUCCUCUUCCACAUCGCUCUACUGAUCUCUGCGCUGUUCGUAUUUCUUCUUAUUUCUUUUGCUUUUACGACUUCUUACAAGCACAAAUCCGGCAUUAAUAGUUUAGGCCAUAAGAGAAUUCUAGCAAGUAAUUUUGAUUUUACUCCGUUUCUCAAGAGCAAAGAUCGCACUCAAUGGCAACGUCAAAGUCAAAGCCUGACCGGAAAAGAAACCGUUUCAUGGUACAAUGAUGAGGAACGGUUGGUACCUAGCGGUCCGAACCCUUUGCAUCACUAGCUAAAAGGUUUUUGACUUGUUUUAAUAGAUUUUGUUGCUUUUUUGGAUUAAUAUUUUGUUAUGAAAACAUACAUGAGCAUGGAUAUAUCAUGAUUAUAUAUUGUGAAGUGUAUUAAAUUGAUGUAA